AUGACUAAGGGUCUUCCAUCGGAGGUGAUAGUGAUAGGUGCUGGUGUGUUUGGUAUCUCCACAGCCAUAGCUAUCGGAAAAAGAUAUCCGGAGACAAAGGUUCACGUUAUCGACAGAUAUGAGCCUCCGGUAGAGGAUGGUACUAGUGUUGAUACCACACGUUGUCUAAGAGUGGAUUACACGAAUGAUAUCUACUAUAACCUUGCCAAAGAGUCUAUGGCGAUAAUCGAGGCUGACCCGGCGAUUGCACCUUUCUUCCACAAGGUGGGAAUGUCAUUUGUGUAUGAUGGGAACUCCGAUAAAUGGGAGGAUAUCUGGAUUAAAGGCCUCGCUUCAUCCAGACAUGUCAAUGCUGAAAAUCCAAGCAAAACCGUUCUUUACAACAAUAAUGUGGAGGUUUUCCAAAGAAUCCAUGGCAAGGACCAUUCUCCAAAAACCGCAGAAGAGCUAGGAAGAGAAACUAAGUGGAACAAAGGAUAUACUAAUCUAAGCAACGGUUACAUUGAUGCUAAGAAAAGUAUGAAGGCAUACUACGAACGGGCUAAAACGUUUUCCAAUAUAGAUUUCACUUUCAAAGAGGUCGACAAGAUAGUAUAUGAAGAAGGAACUAAUAAGGCCACCGGCGUUGCGUUCAAAGACCAAUCCUUGAUCACUUCAGACUUGGUGGUGGUUGCUGCUGGUGCAUGGACAUCGAAGCUCGUGGAUCUAUAUGAUCUUGCCAAAACUAGUGCAAUUGAAGUUGCCUGGCUGAAGGUUACCAAAGAGGAGGAAGAGCAAUGGAAGAACAUGUCCAUUACCACCAACUUUUCGACUGGUAUCAACUUGUUUCCUCCAUACGAAGGUGAGAUUAAGACAUUGAGAAGAUCUGCAGGUUAUAAGAAUAGUGUUGAAAUUCCAAGUCCCAACCCUUUGGCCAAAGACGGAUCCUCUAUCAAGAUCUCCUAUCCAAGAACCAUUCUGAGUAACCCAAACGAUUGGAUACCUGAGGAUGCCGAACUGGCUCUUCGCGAAAAUCUGAAAGAGAUCAUGCCUAGUCUUGCGGAUCGGCCAUUUGACAGAACCAAGGUGUGCUGGUUGACCCAAACUCCAUCUGCCAACUUUAUUAUUGAUUUCCACCCAGAAUUGCAGAAUGUCGUUUUGGCAACAGGUGGAUCUGCCCAUGCAUGGAAAUUUGUCCCUGUUCUAGGGGAUAAGGUUGUUGAUAUGAUAAUUGGACAACUAGAUCCCGUCUUAAAGGAUUUGUGGUCAUGGGAAGAGAAAACCAGGACUACACUUGAUAAUGGAAGUGCUCCUAGAAUGACCGGCGAACCUCAAGAGAUCUCGCAGGUUAUAAGGCAGAGGCCCGCGGACAUGAUUUAG